AUGGCUCUUGCGCAGCCCCGAGUCUGGGAUUUAAUUCAGUAUACGUCACAAUGGGGACUAUUGAACGAUGGAGGAGAAGUGGGAUUGUGCCGUGAGUCGCUGACAAACAGUGACCGCCAAGUAAGAGAUUGGUUCGUCCAAGAAACCAAAUCUCUUGGUUGUGACGUGAAGGUUGAUGAGAUGGGAAACAUAUUUGCCAUUCUUCCUGGCGAAAACAAUUCAAUUCAACCGAUCGGAAUGGGUAGCCACCUUGAUUCGCAGCCCGCAGGGGGGCGCUUUGAUGGCAUUCUUGGUGUGAUUGCGGCUUUACAAGUGUUGCGAGUCAUUAAGGAGUAUAAUAUCAAAACGUAUGCUCCUAUAGCAGCCAUAGAUUGGACAAAUGAGGAGGGAUCUCGAUUCCCGAAAAUGUGUUCGGGUUCUGGAGUCUGGUCGGGGACGGAAAAGCUAUCGGAAUGUCAUGCAUUGGUACCGAUAGAAUUGCAGUCGAUAUCACAAUCUGCCGAUUCUCCCGAGUCGAUUAACAUGGCUACAGAACUAGAACGGAUACAGUAUCUGGGCAAAACUCAGUGUUCACAUUCUCACAACCCUUUGUCUGCUCAUUUCGAACUGCACAUCGAACAGGGACCACUACUAGAAAGAACGCGAAAGAAAGUUGGUGUCGUGGAAGGGGUACAGGGCAUGCGUUGGUACUCGAUCAAUUGCAGGGGAAAGGAAGCACACGCUGGAGCGACACGUAUGGCCGACCGAGCUGACGCACUCGUCGUCUUGGCUAAAUUUGCUGUGAAAGUCGAGGAGCUGGCAAAGAAACACGAUGCAUUUGGAACCGUGGGCGUUAUGCGGACCAAGACAAACAGUAUCAAUACCGUGCCCGGAGGGGCAUUCUGCACUUUGGACCUCCGCCAUUGGAGUGAUGAUACACUAGAUCUUAUCGAAUCCGAAUUGCGCACAUUAUUGAAACAACAGGAAGAAGAAGUUCCUGGGAUUGAGGUAUCUAUGGACCGAACAUGGUGCAAGAAAAACAUACGUUUCGAUCAAGUGGCUCGUCGAUGCGUACGCGAUGCGGCAUGUGCCACCGUUGAUGAAUCUUUGGUUAUGGAUAUGAUCAGCUAUGCAGGACAUGAUAGUGCUGAAACUGCGCAUGUGGUACCAACUGCUAUGAUUUUUGUGCCUUCCAAGAAGGGAAUCAGUCACAACCCAGCGGAAUUUACAACCGAGGAGGAUUGUGACAUUGGCGCACACACCUUAUUGAAGGCUGUAUUGCAGUAUGAUCGAUACCUUGAGGAGCAAAGCCAUCAAUCGAGCGGGUAG